AUGGAUGAAGACAACUUGGAAGACGAAGAAUUCUUCCUCAAUGAAAAUGCCGAUUUAGCAACCCGUUAUUCGAAAAUGGCAAACGAUUCCUUGUUAUGGGGUCCUUAUAGAUCAUCCUUAUACUUUGGCAUAAGACCAAGACUUCCUCGUUCCUUACUUUCAGGUCUUAUGUGGUUCUCAAUGGAUGAUUAUAAUGGCGUGGGUAAGAUUCGUCAUUUUUAUGAACAACAUGAUAAUAUGAAACAUGCGAAUUGGGUUUCUUAUGAUCCAAGAAUUGGUGGGAGACAGAUUAUAGAUGAUCAUGAAUGUCAUGUUAAGUUAACAUUUGACUUUGUCAAGAGUGCAGAUGGACAUUCUUGGGGAGUUAAGAUUAGAUCAGAUCCACAUCCGGGAUAUGAAAAUGUCAAGAUUUCAUUUGUGUGGUAUUCAGGAUUAGAAGGAGAGGAUAAAAAGUCACCUCUGAAGAAUCAAAGAAGUGGAUAUUUGAAUAUUGAGAAUAAGCGGAAUGUACUUGGAUAUGAAGGAGUAGUUACUCUUUUCGGUAUCUCAGAAGAAUUGGGUGCAUUUGAUUUAAAAAUCAAUGAUGGACCAAAAACUAAUAAGCAUCCCAAGGGUAACAGUUCCCAUCCUGAAUUAGACCCAUCCAAGUCCCAUCACUAUAGUUUAACCGUACCUGAUGACAAUGUAUGGAAAGCUAAAGAGAUUUUUGUCACCAUGCUUCAAGAAUCAGUUAAAAAAUUGGUUGAAGAAUUGAAUGGAAUAGAAACUAUUCCACCUGAAAAUUUGUACAUAUUAAGAGAUUUAAAUGAUUUUGAAGGAAAUCUCCACUUCGUUCAAAAGAUAUAUCAAGGAAAAUGUGAAUUUGAUGUAGUUUAUACCAAUUCAAUGUCUCCACGUACCGAAAUCAUCACUUUUGAAAACAUCAACGAAAAAUCCCAACAGAUCUUAGUUCAAUUCGAUAUAAAAUUCAAAGAACAUUUCCAACUUAGUCCACCAUUUACCAAUUCCCCAAAGCAUCAAAAAUUCGGUAAAGAAGUCUUAUCAGGUCUCUUGGGUGGUAUUUCAUAUUUCUAUGGUGAUCAUUUAGUCGACAGAGACACCGUAUUCGAUGAAGACUCCUUCGAAUCCCACGACCUCCAUGGACAACUUGAAGGACCCCAUGAACUCUUCACCCUCGUCCCAUCUCGACCAUUCUUCCCUCGUGGAUUCUUAUGGGAUGAAGGAUUCCACUUAUUACCCCUCCUCAACUAUGACUCCGACCUAGUCCUCGACAUCACCAAAUCAUGGAUGAACCUAAUCGAUUCCGACGGUUGGAUUGCCCGUGAACAAAUCUUAGGUCCAGAACUGAGACUGCGUGUUCCGGUUGAAUUCCAAGUCCAGAGUCCACAAAUCGUCAAUCCACCAACCCUUACACUCGCCCUCACUUAUUUAUUAGAUAAAAUUCAUGGAUAUGGUGAUCUCAGUGAACCCAUUAUUAUCGAUGAUCAGCUCAAUCGAGAAAAUCUCGGCAGGUUCGUAUUGCAUCAUCCUGAUGUAUUGACUAAUUAUACCCGAGAAGUAUAUCCCAAACUCCAGGCUCAUUUUGAGAUGUUUCGCCGGACACAACAGGGAUAUAUUGACGAAUUUGACAGGGGGACUAAUCCGGAAGCAUAUAGAUGGCGAGGAAGGACUGUGACGCAUUGUCUUGCCAGUGGGUUGGAUGACUAUCCUAGGGCAUUGCCUGCUGAUGUGGCGGAAUUGAAUGUGGAUUUACUUUCUUGGAUUGGGAUUAUGAGUAGGUCGAUGGGGAUGAUGGCGGAGAUAUUGGGGAUAGAGAAGGAUGUGGUCAAAUAUAAGAAGAUCGAAGCUGAUAUUGUUGAAAAUCUUGAAAAGUUGCAUUGGUCAGAAGAGAAAAAGACAUAUUGUGAUGUGUCGGUGAAUGAAGAUGAUGAAGAUAUUCAUGUUUGUCAUAAAGGAUAUAUUUCCCUUUUCCCAUUCUUAACCAAAUUGAUCCCUGAAGAUCAUGUGGAGAAGUUGGGUGCGAUUAUUGAUUUAAUUGCCGAUGCAGAAGAAUUAUGGACUGAGUUUGGGAUCAGAUCAUUAUCGAAAUCAGAUGAGAUGUAUAAAACCGGAGAAGAUUAUUGGAGAUCACCAAUUUGGAUAAAUAUAAACUAUCUAAUCUUGGAAUCUAUUCAAUAUUAUCAUGCUCAAAGUGCAACUCAUAUGUCACUGGAAUUAAGAGAAAAGUUCGCAAAGACAUAUCAUGAUUUACGUUUGAAUUUGGUGAAUAAUAUUGUUGACCAAUGGGAAAAGACUGGAUUUAUUUGGGAACAGUAUAAUGAUGAGACUGGGAGUGCACAGGGAGCCAAGAAUUUCUUGGGUUGGUCAUCGGCAGUGUUGUUAAUGAUGAAAAUGCCUGAAAAUCUCUAG